CACCGAUUGAUAACCUCUUCUAUUUUCUCUGUCCGAUUUUUUUCGUUAGUCCCCCUAAUCUAUUGCUUUGAAAUCCUGAACCGUAUCUCAGGGAAUUGACUGUUUCAAAUUUUCCAUCGCACGCAAUAUUGAUAGACAUUAUUAUGAAUAGUCCUCCGGAGAACUUAUUAGUUAUUAAGACUUCAUCGACGGGCCUAUAUAAUGACCUUAAUGCAAGCCGAUUUCAGAGCUUUGGUUUUCAAAUUUGCCUGGAGAUUACACUUCAGUUUAUCUUGCCUUACGAGUGGUGCACUUAUGGCCGAAUCGUAAGAAAACAGGGCUAAUCAAGUCAGAGAAACGAGUAACCAUGAAAUUCUAAAACAAAAAAUGAAUUCACCGCAGAAGUACAGAAAGUUGGAAUGUUUUGGUACAGUUGGUGACGUAACUGAAGUCGAGUGGGUGUGUGUAUCAUCUAAAUCAUUCAACCGGCUAAAAACACAGAUUGCUUUUCGAUAAAAUGUUUCCAAAACAAAGGUGUCAGCUCCUAGCCAGGCGCCUACAGGGCGAGAAAUAAAGACUUCCCGGGUACCUGUCGCUAUCCGGGUACAUGAAUUAAUUUCUCAUUUCAAAUAAAAAAGUGCUUGACGUCGGGUACAAAUUUGUAAAGCCUUCUUACAAAAUAAAUAGACCUUGAAAUUGGCCGUCUUUCGACACUGGUGGAGGUCAACUUUAAGUUAAAAGGUUAUUUGUAUCGCAUCAAUUCUUACUUCGAGGAGAGCUUUUACGGCGUAGACAAAGCUGUUUAUUUCUCGGCGCUAACUCACUAAAAACAAUUUUUAAUGAAGUUUCUCGCGAAUGACUACCGCUUUUCAAAUUUGCUUCAAAUGUGUGUCGACAACGUAGAAUCAAUUAGCUUCGACUGAGCCUCGCCAGGUGGUGUUUUUAGAAAUUAUUCCACCAUCAAACACCCGACAAUUAGUUCAGUCCUAGAUAGCAACAAAAUCGAUUUAUAUGCAGAUUUGGUUGAAAGUAAAAGUGUUUGUCUAAAAUAAUCGAGACUUAGUUGUACUGUGUUUAUCGAAGUCGUUCACAGAUCGCUGAUUUUUUGAAGUCAGCUAAGCGUUUUUUUUAAACUGAUCCGUUCUGUGUUAUUCUCGGCUGUUGAAAAGCAGUAUAAAGGAAGUUUUUUUGACGUUCAAGAAGUGACAAGCUACUAAUGCGAAGUUGUGGUCAUAAAAGUGCGCACGCAGGGUUUCCGGAUUAUCGAUCGACUAUAAAAUGUCUUGAUCAAGGAUCACUGGCGCGGCUUGAGUUCUACCGCCGUGAAAUGCGCUUUGAAUUUAAAUAAGAUUCGUAAAUUGGAGCUUGUAAAUCAAACGGUAAGUUAUGGAAAAGUCCUCGUCGAAGAACUCUAAGGAACACCUCUUCGACAUCUCGGACGAUCAGCGGCAGUUUCUGGAGGAAAAAGCGGAAAUCGUUCGAAGAUUUCUCCACGACAGAGAAUUAGUCGAGCGCGCCCACGAAGAUGAGAAAAACGAAAUGCGUUUUGCGUUUGAGGCUGAGAAGGAGAACAUGAAAAAGGCCUUUGAAUGCGAGAAGGAAGAAAUGAGACAGGCAUUCUUGAAAGAGAAAGAUAAUAUUCGCCUGGAAUUCCAGGAGGCGAAACAUGUUUUGAAACUGUCGUUUGACGACGAGAAAUCAGCGUUGAUGGAUUCAUGGGAUCGCGAGAGGGAAAAUCUCCUGGAAAAUUUUGAGAGAGAGAAAAAGGAAUUGAAGAAAAGUUUCGAAAAAAGUUUGAAGGACAAAGAGGAGGGCUUCAGGGCUGAAAAGACAGAAAUGGAGGCGACAAUACGUAAAGAACUCGAACGAAUCGAGGACGUUGAAAAGGAAUUAAAGCGAACUUUGUGUCAGGGCUUAGGCGAUCUGGAAAAUAUUUACUUGGAGGAAAACGCAUUUUUGGAGACAGUGUACAACCAUGAGCAGCCUGAGGUAGACAUGCACUUCAAAUCGCUCUUAGAUGCAGAGUUAAGCGUGGACAGAGAGGACUUGUUAAAAUCAUUGAACCAAGAAAAGAACAGGAUGCAUUCGCACUACGCUAAUAAACACAAACAAGUCGAGCACCAGUUCGCAUCGGAAAUCAUUGACAUGGAAAAGCGAUUCAAACAGCAGAAAAACGAUUUAAUGAAUAUCUUUAAGAGGGAAAAGUCUGACAUGGAGGAACACUUUCGAAAAGAGAAAGACGAUAUCAGGCGUAAAUUUGACGUGGAUUUCCGGCGCAUUUUACAACAAGAGAGACUGAAAUUUGAGUCCGAAAUUCAAGGUUACGAACACGACAUCUCUGUCUUGAGAUAUCAGAAGGAACAGCUUGAAAAAUGUUACGAGCUGGAAAUACAAACUUUGCAGCUGAAAUUCGAACGAGACAAACUUGAAAUAGAGAAUAAGUGCACCAACGAAAAAAAGGAUCUGAAGAGAGUUCUGAAAGGACAAUACCAGAGAAAACUGAGCGACGAUAAAGUUCGACUAGAAUGGUUGCUGGACCAGUUCCAUCUUGGGAGAGGAGCCAGCAGUGAAAAUCUUGAAACUUCCCUGAGCUUAAGCUCUGUUUAUUCGGAUUAAAUGCACUUCAUAUAUAUGGGAAAUUAAAUCUUAGCGAGCUUUAACCGGGUGAAGUAUUUAAAAAGAUUUUGUCGCGGCGGAAAUUUUUUUAAAAAUUGCAUGUAAGGGAAGGAUAAGGUAAUUUCACAAAAUUUGCAAGAUGAUCAUAAAAUCUUUACUGUUGCACCACUGUUAUCAGUUUAAGUAAGAUUGAAUUACCUCGAUUUUCUCUUUUAUUCAACAUACACAGUUGAUACCCAAUUUUGUAUGUAAAAUAAAAAAUAAAAAAAUUUGGAGAAAAAUCAGUAUGAAAUAUAAAUGUAACAGCCUUGGAGGUUGCGGGAAAACAAAAGAGAUUAUUCUAGUCACGUUAAACAGUAAAGAAGCAAUUAAUUUUUUAUGGCUUUCGUAUGGAAUGUGUCUAAAGAGAACCACAAACUAUCAACAGAGAUUAUUUGGGUUUUAAAAGAUGUAAAAUGCAAAUCAUAUGGUAAGUUUGAAGUUCUGUGUAAUAUUGCUGGAUUGAAGGAGGCAAAACGAAUAAUAUAUGAAAAAUAUAUAUCACCAGAGAAUUAGUACAAUAGUCAUCUAUUAAAUAUGUCUACUAAUGAUACUUCUUUAUCGGAUUUGUUUUUUUAGCUCGUAUUCGUCAGCCUGAUUCCGCUGGGAAGAAAACAGACAUACCACUUGUCCAUCGCGUGACAGUUUCCGUCUGAACGAUUUAUGAAAACAUUACCCCUUAGAGUGAUUAGCAUCAAAUUUCUCCAAAUAGUGUCAUCUUGAAACAAACUUUUAGGUCUUGGGAAUAAAGGAACUGGUCGUCAA